AUGUCGGAGAACCCGCCGCCGCCCCCGCCCGGCCCCGGGAACGCCCCGGGCAGCGGCCCUGCCAACUCGGCCGGCGGGGCCGGGCCCGGGCCCGGGGGGGCGGCGGCCGGAGGCGGCGGGGCCGGGACCCCCCGCGGGGCGCGCACCCCCAACCUUAACCCCAACCCCAACCCGCUCAUCAACGUGCGCGACCGCCUCUUCCACGCGCUGUUCUUCAAGAUGGCCGUGACCUACUCGCGCCUCUUCCCGCCUGCCUUCCGCCGAGUCUUCGAGUUCUUCGUGCUGCUCAAGGCACUCUUUGUGCUUUUCAUCCUGGCCUACAUCCACAUUGCCUUCUCUCGCACCCCAAUUAAUUGUUUGGAGCAUGUGCGAGACAAGUGGCCCAGAGAUGGCAUCCUUCGAGUAGAAAUUCAACACAACUCCAGCCGAGCUCCCAUCUUCCUCCAGUUUUGUGAUGCAGAGAGUUUCCCAGGCAUGGUGAUAGAGUCUGAGGAGGAAGAGGAGGAGGAAGAAGAAGAUGAAAUGACAGUAGAAAUGUUUGAGAACAGCUCAGUCAAGUUUGAGCUGGACAUUGAACCAAAGGUGUUCCUGAAGCCUUCCCGGGUGAGCAACCCUGAAGCUUUGACCCAGAUGGCCAAGAACCAAAGCCAGGAGCUUUCCUUCACUGAGGCGACGACUAAAGGUAUGCAGCCUCUGAUCGAGACUGUGUCGGAAUUUGAGAUGCUAGCCAGAGCAGUAUGGCCCCAAGAAGAGUACAUAGUGGAGUAUUCCCUGGAAUAUGGGUUUUUACGGUUGUCUCAGAGCACUCGGCAGCGCCUCAGCAUCCCAGUCAUGGUGGUGACACUGGAUCCUACGAGGGAUCAGUGCUUUGGAGACCGAUUUAGCCGUUUGCUCCUGGAUGAAUUCUUGGGUUAUGAUGAUGUUUUGAUGUCCAGCGUGAAAGCCCUGGCGGAAAAUGAAGAAAACAAGGGCUUCCUGCGCAACGUUGUAUCUGGGGAGCAUUAUCGCUUUGUCAGCAUGUGGAUGGCGAGGACUUCUUACCUGGCCGCCUUUGUCAUUAUGGUCAUAUUUACUCUGUCGGUCUCAAUGCUCCUGCGGUAUUCGCACCAUCAAAUUUUCGUCUUCAUUGUGGACCUCCUACAGAUGCUGGAGAUGAACAUGACCAUCGCUUUCCCCGCUGCACCCUUGCUCACAGUGAUUUUGGCUCUCGUUGGUAUGGAAGCCAUCAUGUCUGAAUUCUUCAACGACACCACAACAGCAUUCUACAUCAUCCUCAUCGUGUGGCUGGCUGACCAGUACGAUGCCAUCUGCUGCCACACCAACACCAGUAAGAGGCACUGGCUGAGGUUCUUCUACUUGUACCACUUUGCCUUCUAUGCCUAUCACUACCGAUUCAAUGGCCAGUACAGCAGUUUGGCCCUGGUCACUUCUUGGCUCUUCAUCCAGCAUUCCAUGAUCUACUUUUUCCAUCACUUUGAGUUGCCAGCCAUCCUCCAGCAGAUCCGCAUCCAGGAGAUGUUGUUGCAGAACCAGCAGAUUGGCCAGGGCACCCAAACAGCCCUACAGGACAAUCUCAACAAUAAUACUGCAGCCUCAGCUAUGGCCCCUGCGAACUCCAGGCCCUCUCUACAGGAUGGGAGCAACAGCCAGCCAGCCCCUGGGGAGGGGCCCAGCCCCACCUCUGCCUCUGUAGGGGGCGAACUGAACUGGAUGGCUGAGACAGCCACUAUCUUCACGGACCCUUCGUUUCUCUCUGAUCUGAGCGCUUCCCUCCUAGAGCAGAGAGCAGGACAUGGAGCCCUGGCCAAUGGAAGUCCCCCCAGUGUCCCAGCUGCUACCACCUCUCCUGGCCUAGUUGCCCAGAUCCGAGUUAGUGAGAGCUCUGGGGCCACCACUAGCUCCAUCACCAUUGAAGUGACAUCAGCAACACUGGUCACCCCCCAGGCAGAAGGUACAACCCCUGAGCCUCCUGCCUCCCCUCCAGCCCACACCACUGGCACCCCUGAGGCAGCUGCUCCCCUCGCUGAUCAGCCUAGGGUCAGUUCACUCUCACUUGGUGGCCAGGACAUUGUCAGUGUCUCCGAGAGCAAUGUCUCCAAGGUCCUUGUCCAAGGCCCCACCUCAGACAAGAGUAUGAGCCCAGAUCUUCAGGCCACACAGGAGAGCCAUGCCUGCUCCAAAGACAAUGGUGCCCCCCCAGACAUGCUUUCAGAAGCAGAGUUUAGGAGCCCCUCGUGAGCACUUUUGCUGAUCUUUGAUAGGGCAGAGGGAAUCUCUCUGUUCCUAUCAGACACUGGCUCUUUUUCUCCCCCAUCCAGAUUCAGAUGAAUUUUUAAAAUUAUUUUUAAACCCACUGAGUGAAGGCAGCUUCGGAGAAAGCAGCCUUUCAGAAACACGGGCCUUACUCACCAGGGACGGUUGGUCCCAGCUCUUGUGUCCCUGGGCUCCAUGGGCAGACGUGUGACUGAUUUCAGCAGUCUCCAGAGCAGCUGGUCUCUUUGCCCAACUCCCGGCCUAAAUCUGGGGGCUUCCUGCAUUGCUCUCCUUGGGUUUCUUUUUCCCCUCCAAAGUACUACUCCUUUCCUUGUCUGGGAGAUGUGCUCCUGCCUCCCUCUGUGGAUGCCAGGCCUUGUUGGAGCCCAAGAUAGAACCUUCCCAUCUCCUUGCUUUGUGCAGACACAUCCUAAUUUCUGGUGAUUUCAACUCUUCUCUCCUCCCAGGGCAUGAGGACUUUUUCACAACCCUUUUUUUCCCUUUGACUAGAGGAAACCUGGAAGGAGACUGCUCCACUCAGCCUCUGUUUGGGAAUUGUUUGAAUGGGGUUUUGUCCACCACCAAAUACUCAGUGUGUUCUCAGUCCUACAAAGCAGCAAGAGCUAGGGCUGUGGUGUGGAAUUUGGAGAAGUACCAAGGAUGGGGAGGAGGCAGAAGGGAGCUGCUCUGGUAGAGCCCAAAGCCAAAGCCUGUGUGAGCCAGGGUCCCAUGGGCACAUUCACUGGCCUAGUGCAGAGCAGUCAGUGUCAGGAAGGAAGGACCUGGGGGAGAGAGAUGGAGUAGCACCUCUCCAUGGCGAGGAGCACUUUUGGCAGCCCCUCUUACACUCCUCACACUCCAGAUUGGCCACCUUCUAAAGCCCCAGAUGGAGAGAAUCAACCCCUGAGCAUGCAGUGAUGGUGUUGGUUGAGAGUAGGUUUGGCUUGGGGUGCAAUGCACAUAGUGGGCAGACGGAUGGAGCAAAUGGCCCACAGCUGGUGAAGUCCAGCCCUCAGCUGGCACAGACAGGCAGGGCCACUGGAGAGAGGAGGAAUGAGGCCUUGAGCAUGAACGCUCACUGGCUUCUCUUCCCUCUCCAUCCCUCCACAGGGGUUUCUGCUUGGUGCUUGGAGCUCAGUGCCUUCUCUUGGGCCUGGAGUGUGGCUUACUCUCCCCACCUGCUUCUAGCCAGAGCCUGAUUUUCCCAUCAGCUUUUGAGGAGGUGGUCUGGGAGAGUCUGUGGAAGUAGUGGUAGAUCUAGUGUGAGCCUAGGAUUCUGCCUAGUGGAAAGCAGCGUGGUAUCCACAGGCCAUUUCUUAGCCCCCUUGAUCGGCUGGGGAGUACCUGCCCUGCUCACUGACUCAGGUGCUCCAUAUAGGGUGUUGCUUCCUGGCAGCUGGAAGUGGACGGUUAUAAGUGUGCCCAUUCUACCCUGAGAGGAGUCCCUAGAACUGCCUGAGGAAAGAGAGUGUGUGUGCGCGUGUGUGCGUGCACACACCUACAUACGUGUGCAGCACUCUGGAAUAAGGGAAGGGGAGAAGGCCAUCCCCACAUGUGUGGCACUGAGCACCAUGUGAAGCCACUGAGUGACAUCCAUAAAGAGUCUUAUUCAUUCGAGGCAGGAUUUGACUUUAGGUAUCCCCAUGUUUCCUAUUCCCCACCCUGUACCUGGUUACAGAGCUGCACCUCGCAAAAUGUUCUAUUUAUAGGGGAAACGUAUGAGUGGGUAUCAUGGCCCUGGGAACUAUGAGAAUUUGGUGGGAAAGCUGAUGGUCCCCUGGCUCAGGAAAUGAAUUUGAAGAGUUUCUGGGCCCCAGCCCCCAGCAGUCAAAAGGAAUGAAAGAUUAUGGGGAACAGGAGGACAAUCCCUUGCCCAAACCCCUCCUUUUGCUACCGUGAGCAGACUUGGAAAUCUGACUUGGUCUGUCUGGGCCAUUGGGUGAGAGCUUUGGAUGGUGAGCCUGGAGGCUGAGUAAAUCAACCAAAUUACUUGGUGAGGAAUGAAGAAUAAAAAAUUCAUUCCAUUCUAUUUAAUUGUAAUGUACAAAAAUUGUGUUUGUAUAUAUAAUAAAUAGUCUAUCUAACAGUU